AUGCAAUUUCUUUCUUUACCCAUUCUGUCUCUCCUUCCCCCUUUGUACAUUGCUCUUUCCUCACUCUCUUCAUCAACUUUCUUUCUUUCUACAUCUAUCCACACUUAUCUUUUUCUUUCCCUCUAUCUCCCUCUCUGUCUUCCAUCCUCUCUUCCUUUCUUAGUUUUUAUGCAUUCUCCUCUCACUCAUCACAACUACCAAGUUUACAUUUUCCCAUCCCCCUUUCUCUCUAGCUAUGUCCCUCUCUCUUCCCUUUGUAUUGAUCUCCUCAUCACUUCGUAUAUAGAACUCUUUACCUUUCUACAGCUAUCCACCCACAAUUUCUUUGACUGUAAAUCCAUUUUUCUCUCUACUCUUCAGCAUCAAUCUCUCACUCUUCUUCCUCUUUGCCUCUUGCUCUCCUCUCUUUUACUCAAUCAACCAUCUUUUACGGAUUUGAUACACCCUUCUCUACUCUCCUCACUCCCUAUACCUAUCUAUCUUUCACUUCUUCUUUCUGUGAAUAAAUCCUUCUCUCCUAUCUCUAUAGAGAACAUUCAUUCUCACUCAUUUCUAUUGAGACCCACUUACUCUCUUUCCAGAUCAAUUCUUUUCUCUCUUUUCUUUAUUUACUCUUUAUCAUAUUACCAAGUCCCUCAAUCUUCCUCCUCUUUCUCCUCCUCUCCAUCUAACUCAUUCUUUCUCACUCAAACCCUUUCUAUUUCUGUAUUAAACCACACAUACUCUUUGUCAAGGCUCAUUCUUCUCUUUAUCAUCAUUCCUCAUAUCUUCCUCCCCUUCCUAACCGUUUGUCUCUUGUUCUUUCUUUUACUCAACCUACCACCUUUUACUGAUUUCAUACCCACUUCUCUACUUUCCUCACUCCCUAUAUUUAUCCAUCUUUUCCUUCCUCUUUCUGUAAAUAAAUCCUUGUCUCCUCCCUCUAUACUGAACUCCUUAUUUCUAUAUCUAUCAAGCCACACUUACUCUCUUUUUCUCUAG